AUGUCCGCCCUUCCUCGUCGGUAUCGGUCGUCCACCUCGGCCUCGAAUCCCCCGAUCAGCAAGGCACUUGAGAUUCUUAGGGGUCAGGUCGACGAUAUUGCCAAGGACUCUUUGACGCGCAAGGACGAUGGGUACCCUGAACAAACCAAAUUGGUAAAAGGGUUAAAAAACAUAGCCCAGCAUGUAUCCACUGCUGGCACAACGGCCCAAGAUGACUUCCGUCAUGCACAAGGAUUCGAGCGCGUUCUUGACGUGCUGCGGGCUUAUGCAGGCUACUACAACCCAGACAAGAGGACAGAAACAGAAGUUCUCGCUCUUUUGAGGCUCCUCAAAACUGCUCUAGACGUCUUGGCGGCCGGACUUCGAAAUCAUGCUGGUAAUAAGCGAUUCUUUCGAUACAGGGUUGAGGGUGGCGGGUGGGAGUCCUUGGAACAAGCCAUCGCAAGCAUUGGUCUCGGUGGCGCCGAAGCAGAUUCCUGGGUUAUGUGCCAGCUCUUCGGUAAACUCCUCGCGUUCUGUCUGGAUGACGAGGCCAUUGAUUUGCUCUGCCACUCGAUCGCAAAGGCACUCCGUCCCGAUGCCGCGUCUCAGGCGGACGAAGGCAGCGAAGAAUGGGAGCUGUGUUUAGUCAGAUCGGUCGACGAUAUCAACCCGAGUGUGCGUGAGCUUGUUAAUGCCAAGGCUAUCAUCCGCCACCCAGAGAUCCUCAGAUCGCUGAAGGACUCUGGCAAUUUUAUCCUCCAAACUUCGGUGACUUCCAACAAGCCGAGCGUGAGGUUCAAGUCAGUGUCUUUCAAGGAGAACAAAUGGUACCAUAUUGCCAUUGUGCACCGUCGGCCGAGGACCAUGUCUUCGAGCAAAGCCUCGCUCUAUGUUGAUGGCGAGUUCGCAGAGCAGCUCCGUUGCAACUACCCAGCCACGCCGCCCCUUUCUCAUGGCGAGCAGAGCUUUGCCUCGUUCAACUCUACACAAAACAAGACCAACCCAGUCCAAGCUUUCCUCGGCACACCUCGCGAGCUGUCGAUGAAGGUCGGUCCAGGACUAAUCUCGUCAAGGUGGUCACUAGCAUCUGCUCAUCUCUUCGAGGAUGCCCUGAGUGAUGACUACCUCGCCGUUCACUAUGGACUUGGCCCUCGCUAUCAGGGAAAUUUCCAGGAUAGCUUGGGCGGAUUUCAAACAUAUGAAGCAUCAGCUACGCUGGGGCUGCGUAACGAGAUUGUGCAUCAUGGGGCGAAUGAAAAUUCGGACAUUCUGAGGGCAGUGCGGGAGAAGGCGAGCACAUUGCUUCCAGAAGCAAAGAUACUUCUCAGCAUUCUCCCUCACGCAACAUUUCAAACUAAUGUGCAAUACAUGAACACUGGAUUGUUGCGAUCUUUACCUCGAAUGGCGGCGCGAAGCUUGUUUCGAGCGUCGAAUCAGGAGGGCUCUGCACUCGCCAUCAAUUCUGCAGUCCCUUUUGUCACGGAUGCCGUAUUCAAAGUUCAAGGGCUUGCUUCUUUUCGCGGUAGUCCUGUUGUCACCGUGCCUUCAUACAUGGAUGAGAACCUUUGGCGCUUGGCAGGUUUCACACCUUUGGCAUUGAAGCUGCUCGAGCGCGCCUCCACGGUCGAGGAGACCGUACGGGCUUUGGAAAUGAUGUUCUACUGUAUCUCCAAGAGCUGGCGCAAUAGUGAGGCCAUGGAACGCGACACAGGUUACGGCAUACUCAGCAUGAUUCUGCGCUUCAAGCUUGGUCAUGGUGGCUGGGCAAGCAAUGAUGGACCCGUGCAAAAGUUGUCUAUCUCCAACCAGGAGAGAGACAGCUUGGCUUUCAGGACCCUGAGCCUGGUAUUGGAGUUUGUUGGCUACAAUCACGCAUCGCCCAUUGAAUCCUUCAUCAUCAACCCGCUUGCCUAUCGAAUACUCCUCAUUGACCUGGAUAUCUGGCGCAAAUCGGCACCAAGGAUUCAAGAAAUGUAUUACAAGCAAUUUGUAACGUUUGCGGUUUCUACCAAAUACCACGAGUUCAACCGUAGGAGAUUGGUUCGCAUGAGGAUCGUGAAGAGGUUGCUCGACGCCGUCAAAGGGGAGUUAGUUGCGGAAGAGGUCACCCCUCAUUUCAUGGAAGCGUUUGAGGUGCUCGUCAAAACCAACUUGAGCCAAGAAGUAAUGCGAUCACUGGCACUCUUCAUCACCUACGCAUUCCACUCGCCUUCUGCUUCGGUGCCGCGCACACCACGACCAGUGUCCGCGACGUCAAGAGCAGGCACACCUCUUUCGGCGAGGAGACCGGUGGUUGAUCUGCUGACUGGCAAUACACCUGUGAAUGGAGUGAAGUAUCUACCGAAAAAAGCCCUUGGAAUCAAGAUCCUGGUGAUGUACUCAGGGAUACUGUGCGAAAAGGGCAAUCUCAAUCACGUCAAGAAGUUUGCACGGACUGUCACAAACAAGUGGCUGUUGUAUCUCCUGGCCGAGAACGACGUGGAGAUAGUGACUCACGGAUGCAAGAUCCUGGCGCGACUCUUGGUGGCCCAUGGCUCCUCGUAUACUAACAAAUUUGCGAACAAGAGUGGAGGGUUCACCAUCAUGGCCAGCCGACUGCGGAAGUUUUGGGAUGUUCCUACUUUAUGGCCAGUAUGCCUUAGCAUCCUGUUUGGCUACGACGUUGCUGAGAUCAAUUUCGGAAGGGACUUUGACUUUUCCGGACUCGUCGACAUCUUCGGAAAGCGGAAAGUCGCGUAUCCGGAGGCUUUGCAUAUAAUCACAUCUUUGCUGCAGAACGGCUUCAAAGAGGUCAUGAGGCAUCAGGAUGACUCGAACUCGCCUGCACGAGGGUCUGGUCCUGAAAGCUCCACGACCAUGACAUCUCAGUCCGAAGGGCGGCCGAGGGCUCGAUCAAUGGAUCUGGCAGAAACUCUGCGAAGUCGAUUGAAUUUCUCUGGAGAGCGGGAAAGAGUAUUAGGGCAUGUUACGGUCCUCCAGACGAUGCUUGGCUUUCUCUCCGACUUGCAUGCGAGAUCCUCAGAAUUCAGGGACUUUGCCCUCAAUUCUGACUGGACUAGACUGCUCCUUGCCACGUUAUAUCCGGUUGUCGUGAGCGCCGAUGCUGUCGCGCCUCAUCUUGAACUUCAGUCGGGUUCCUCCGCGCUCAACUUCGCCGGAGAUGAUGUGAUCAUCCGCCCAUUUGGUGGAGGCACAGCUUCGGUGCCCGUCGUUAGGACAAGCAGUGUUAGUGCGGACGCAUUCACGCCGCCACAGCCACUGUCGAUCAAACGAACAGCACUGCGUCGAGCUUCAUCCUUUGUCUUGCUGACUUCACAGAAGGACCAGUCUGAUUUAUCUAGUACCAGCUCAACCGUCUUGUCGGCCAAGGCGUCGAUGGGCAAAACAAACGAGCUUUUGGAAGGCUUUCUGGAUCUAGUGAUCAAGGUGUUCAUGGAUCAAAUGAUCGCAAGGAAGGAGUUCCCUGGCUUCGGACUUUUCACCAAGGUUCCUCCUGGCUUCCAAGAGCAUCAAGCAUUUUUUGAAUCCUUUGUGUUGCAGCGCAUGGUCGCCGAGGUAACAGCCUACAUCAAGGCGAAAGACAAAGCGGUCUGCGAGCCCCGGAUCAUCACCAACAUCGCUCGUUUCUCCCAUCACUUGUCGGAAGCAAUCUUUGAGGGCUGGUUUCUGCAUGGAGCCGAGGUAAUGGUCGACUUCAGUGGCUUUGUCCUGGAGUUUCUGCAACGACCUGAUGUGGAGAAGCUCAAGAGCGUUCGCCUUUGCAGCCAGGCCGUUUCUAUGAUCCGCGGCUGCUUGCUCAGAGUUAUCUUGCUUCGAUUAUCCGACAUGGACCACGAGGAGACCAGUGAAGUUGAAGCCAAGGCUUUUACUGACAAAAUGGCCUACUGGCAGAUGUCAAUUCUGGCAUGCUUCAACUCAGACGAUGACUACCUUAGGCUGGUGUGGUAUCAGCUGUACACUAAACUAGUCGUCGACAAAGCAGCUCUGCGCCACAGUGCCGCCCAUUUCAUGCGUGUCAUCCUUGUCCAGAAGCCAGAGGAGUCGUAUCUGCUCCUGCGUUCGAGUCUGCAAACCGACCAUCGUGGCCUUGUCAACGAUUUCCUGAAGCUCACUGAAGUGGACGACGAAACGUUUGUCGAAUGGGUGGAUCAGCAUCGCCAACUUUUGGACAGCUUGUUCUUCGGCAGCAUGGCGAAGACAUGGGAGGAAUUCGUCACGAUCGAGAAUACGAAGACUACGGAAACAGCUAAGGUGCGCCUUGCUAAGCGUAAGGAUAGGCUCAGGAUGUGGCAAGCAGAAAACGAAGCGACCGACAAGAUUCUGUUCAACCACCAAAUCGGAAAUAGCGCAUGGAUGAAGAGCAUCUUCAACUCCGAGCACUUCAAAUACCAGCGUCUCGUUCAAGACCAGCAGGACGACUUGGCAUACAUAAUUCCGGUCUGGCGCAAAAUGGAAAGGGACUUGAGAAGGCCCGGCGCAGUGUUCAGCGAGGCUCGUCCAACAAGAUGGAAGCUCGACCGAACCGAAGGGCGAAACAGGAUGAGGCUGAGGCUGCUUCCCGACUACUCCACGAACGAGGACAAGAUGCAGCCCAAACGAAAGGGCACAGCUACGCCGCAGCCUGUAACGCAACUCAACACGAGCACCGACCAGGCCGCCUCAGUCGCAGCCUCUUCCAAAAAGAGAACAUCACCUAAAUCGAAGGCAGCGGACGAUGAUGCCGGAGAAGAGGUCGAAGAUUCAACAGGCACCGGCCUGGUGCCAGAAGACGAUUUCGAGAUGGUAGACGACCCUAACGACCCCAAUGACGAGGACAGCUUUGAGGACAAGAAUCGCAAAGUCAUGCGUCGGCUCGAGCACGGUGACCAGGUGCAAGCGGCUUACAACGUGUCGCGAAUCACCGGUCUCGAGGCAUGCGAGGGCAUCCUCAUCAUCGGCAAAGACGCCUUGUACAUUAUGGACAAUGUAUUUCAAUGUGCCAAUGGUGAUAUCGUGAACGUGUGGCAAGCACCGCCGGAAGAGCGCGACCCCUUUACGCAAGUUGUCACCGGGGCGAAGACCAUGGAGAAACGCCAGAUUGCUGGCAAUCGGGAGCAAGAAUCUAGGCACUGGCGUUGGCAUGAUGUUAUCAGCAUCUCCAAGCGUCGGUUCCUGUUCCGGGACGUGGCCAUUGAGAUCUUCUUCACAGACGGCCGUAGCUACCUCCUCACGCAGAUCAACCCUACGGUCAGGGACGAGCUGUUUUUGAAGAUGAUGAACAAGGCUCCUCACACGAGCACGGCUAGCGCGCUUCCUAACCCUGAGGAUGCUUGGAGACUUGAAGUCCUCAAAGUUGUGGAUGAGUCUCCAGCUGGACUUGGCUCACGGUUGGGCACCCUCUUCAACGCAGCUCCGUGGACACCGAUCAUGAAGAAAUGGCAAAGGGGCGAGGUCUCAAAUUUCCAUUACCUGAUGAUGGUGAACACGUUGGCUGGGAGGACCUUCAACGACUUGACGCAGUAUCCCGUGUUCCCCUGGAUCAUUGCAGAUUAUACGAGCGAGGACCUCGACCUGGAAGACCCAACCACUUUCAGGGAUCUUUCCAAGCCGAUGGGCGCGCAGACGCAGAGCAGGGUGCCGGGCUUCAUCGAGACUUACAGCGCUCUGAAGGACAUUGGACAGGAGCCCUUUCAUUACGGGACGCAUUACUCCUCCGCGAUGAUCGUAUCGUCCUACCUCAUCCGCCUGCCGCCAUUUGUGCAGUCCUAUUUGCUGGUGCAGGGCGACAGCUUCGACCAUGCCGACCGAUUGUUCCAGUCCAUACCAGAUGCUUGGGACUCUGCCUCGCGGAAGAACAAGGCUGACGUGCGCGAGCUGACGCCGGAAUUCUUCUGUCUGCCUGAGUUUCUCACGAACAUAAAUGACUACGAUUUUGGUCGCCGGCAGAGCACAGGUGCGAAGGUAGACAAUGUCGUCUUACCACCGUGGGCCAAGGGCGAUCCCAAGAUCUUCAUCGCCAAGCAUCGCGAGGCCCUAGAAAGCCCCUAUGUCAGCGAGAAUCUGCACCACUGGAUCGAUCUUGUGUUCGGGUUCAAGCAGCUUGGGGAAGCGGCCGUUGAGAACCUCAACGUGUUCCACCACCUUUCAUACUCAGGCUCCAGCGACCUUGAUCGCAUGACUGAUGUGAACGAGCGCGCCAUCACAGCGGGUGUUAUUCACAACUUUGGCCAAACACCUCACCAAGUGUUUACCAAACCUCAUCCAGCACGAGAGAACGUGCGCUGCAUGAUCCGCAGGUUGGACACCUCGGUAUUCUCACUGCGGUGUUUGCCCAACCCUUUGCUAGAGAGCAGGGAAAGAGUCGCUUCAUUGACUUAUGCUCCUAAGUUGGAUCGUCUGCUCUGCGCGUCGCCUUUCCGACUCAACCUUCCCCCGUGGGACAAGUAUCUCGAAUGGGGCUUUGCCGACAACAGUGUGCGGUUCUUCCACGGAGACAACCGGAAGCUGGCAGGCCUAUUUGAGAACCUGCAUAUUGGACAGAUCUCAUGUGCCACGUUCGCUGACUCCAAGACACUGAUCACCGCAGGCGAAGACUGUGUCAUCUCAGUUUAUUCGGUGCAGACCACACCCAACAAGCCUGUCGACAUCACACCACGCUCGAGUCUAUUUGGCCACAAGACGCCUGUUACAAUGCUCGCCGUGAGCAAGGUAUUCAGCACCUUUGUUUCCGUAUCUGCAGAUGGCCAAGCCAUGCUGUGGGAUCUCAAUCAGCUUGCCUUCAUCCGGAAGCUGCCCUUUGUGCGGGCCGUCGAGGACGCCAAGAUCAACAACGUCACUGGCGAAAUCAUGCUUUGCUCGGGGCCAAAUGUCUUGCUGUACACGCUGAAUGGAUCGUUAAUACUGGACAUGAACGUGUGCACAGACCCAGAGGACUACGUUCACUCAUGUGCCUUUUACGAGGGCGCUGGCAAUGAGUGGUUGGAAGACCAACUCGUGUUCACCGGUCACCGCAAAGGCCGAGUCAACAUUUGGCGCAAAAGCAUCAAAGGCGGCAAAUGGACGCUCGAGUUCUUGCGCCGCCUGGAUCAUGUGGAUCCCAAGAGCGACAAAGGGGGCAGCACAGAGGCUGGCAUCACUUGUAUCAGCCCGAUGCCUACGUGUGUUUACACUGGUGACGACGAUGGGCGUGUGGUAGGUAUCCCUGAUCCGAGUAUGGAGAUCCGAGCUGACGCUAGGCAGUACGAAUGGAACUUCGCAGGUCGGGACAGAUAG